CUUCGUUAGAUUUUAUUGUCUUGUUAGUUAACGAAUCGCCAGAAAAUCACUUUAAACCGGUUGCUGUGACAUAGACGUUCAUAAGAGUUUUACCAUAACUUCAAAAAUCGCUAAUAAAAAUGAAUCAUUUUUGUUUUUUGAUACCACUCGUCUUUGUUAGUGUUUUAGCAGAUAAUCUAAUGACCUAUAAGGAGCAGGUUUCCAAAACAAACAAAAUAAUCGCGAGUGCAGAACCUGUGAUGCAUGAAGUACUUAGAAAAAUUGCUCGUGAAAAUGAAUCGAUGGAAAAACUAGUUAUGAUGUUUGCUGUACCGGAUAGGGCAGACAUUGAAAACGAUUUGAAAAAACAUUUAGAAUACGAAGCUGAACUACAAAAAGAAAUUACCGCCGCCCUAACACCAACGUCCUAUAUACCUAGUAUAUCUAUACCUGGUGUAAAUUCCUAUAUACCUGAUGUAACGUCAUAUAUACCUAGUAUACCUAAAACUAAUUUUUUAGAUACCAUUCCUGUUAAAACAAUGGGAGAUACACUUAGUUCUGCAUGGAGCCUCGUGGGUUAUCCACUAGCAGAUGUUCAACCUGACUCCGAGCUCUCAAAACUUGCAGAGGAGCGAAGAUUACUAACUUCAAAAGUUCCGCAGUUUUUAAUCGAUACUAUGUCAUCGAAUCGAGUGGAUAAAGAUAUCAAGAAUAAACCCAUGAUAUGUCGUUUAGUAGCAUUGGCUCAUACUAUGAAUCUUUGGCCAGAUCCAUACAUAAUAAAAUCUACAUUGACUGGUAAUGUUUGUCAGCUAACUUCUAUAGAAGACAGUGUUGUGGCAGUUUCGGCAAAUAUACGUUAACAGAAAGUAAACAUCAUUAAUAGUAAAAAGUAUUCAAAGUUGCUUCUCAGUUAUUAUAUUUUAGACAAGGAAUCUCAGAGAUAAUACAUUACAAAUUAUACAGCACUAUUGUUAUUCUAUUAAAAUAAUUAUUCCAAACCGCACUUUCCUCCUAAAAUUUUUAAAUGUAAUGUGUUUUUUUUUUAAUAAACAGUUUUG